GCCACCAAGCAGCUGAGGAGAGAGCAGCCAGACGGGUGUAAUCAAACCUAUUGAGCCUGUGACUGGGAUAUUGAGUGUGAGAGCAAACAAAGGGCUGGGGGAACCGGUCUUCUAUUGUUAAGCACAAGUGUCCAAGCAGCUCAUCCAGAUACGGGGGACCCACCAUGUCCGACAAACCAGAUUUUGCAGAAAUUGAAACAUUUGACAAGACCAAGCUGAAGAAGACGGAAACCAGAGAGAAAAAUCCAUUGCCCACUAAAGAAACUAUCGAACAGGAAAAGCAAAGUGAAAGUACAGCCUGAGCGUAAAAUUGAAGAUGUGACUGCUGCUUCUUCAGUGGGGUUUUGGCUUCCGAGUUGGGUUUGGUUUUUUUGUCCCCCCAUCCCAUGUCUGUUGAGUAUUUAUUUUAGCAAACAUUUUCUCAUUUAGUGUUCCCUGGGGAAGAAGUUUGUUUUGUGUUUGUCAAACAAGAUAUUCUGUAUUUGUAUUUUUAAAACUGUAAUUUCAAAUUCUGUAUCAACCCCCUUACUUGCCAAAAAAACCAAUUUGCAUAAAAAUUGUUUUUUCUAAACCUCACAAUAAACAGGUUUCU